GGGGGCCACAACCGCAGAUGCCACGUCUUCGGUCGGCCCUGGAGCACAUUCGGAAGUUGCUGCAGACGCCGCUGCCGCAGCCGCCGGCGUCGCAGCAGGAGCAGGGGCAGCAGGCAACGGAGGAGAGGGAAAUAUUAAGGCAGCAGGAUGAGAAGAAAAACGCGGAAGAUGGGGGUUCGAAAGCGGGGGCGGCUGGGGCACCAGCGGUGGCGCCGGACGAGCAUCAUGAGUUGCGUCAGCGUACGGCAGGAGUGAUGCGGCUGCUGGAGGAUAUGGGCUGGGAGGUUUGAGGGGUGGAUGCAAGCAGGUGUUGGAGAAGUAGCAGUAAGCGUGCAUGGCUCGGUGCAUACGCAUGCAUGACAAGCCUCUAGCAAGGUGCAGCUAGCGAAGGAGUUGCGUUGGUGGGCUUUGUGCGCCUGCUGCGCGUGUCUUUUGACUGGGACUUAUGCGAACAUGCGGCGAACCUGAUCCGGACGAGCAAAGGGACCCAGCGAGCCCCCGAUUAGCGGUUUGGCAACGAAUACGGCAGUCUGAAGUACAGUACGAAACCAGUACUGUGACCGGUUCGGUAGCAGUCUUGAUUGGCAGUUACUUAUGACUUUUCUUUUACAAUGAGACGUUCUUUACUGUGCUACAGUAACAAAGGGGCUGAAAUGUUAGGCCCCAGGUUCUGUAAGCGAUAGUUCGGAACACCUCUUCUGCAGCGUUUUAUUAAGUGCGUCCAUUUCACAACUAGCAAAAGAGCCGCCCAAAAAUGAGGUUGCCUCCAUAUUAGGCCACAGACUCGGAGCAGUGCCAUGCUUGCAUUAUAGGAGCUGAUGUUUGCGGAAUACCUAGUGAUGCAAGCUUCUACAAGCCAAGCAUGCCGAGCAGCUUGUCUAAUUUGUAUCUGCUUGCUCCUUACUGCGACUGGAGCUUGGGCACUUGAGGAGGGGCAGGAACAGCUUAGUUCAGGCGGUGGUUUCAGAAGCAAGCCAGGCUUAUGUACGGAAGAGUGCUAUAAGCGAGCCACAUGCAAUGAGGAGCUUGGCGGCAGAUGCGACUGCCCCAAGCACCUGGCGGGUGAGGACUGCACCCGCAAGGCCGCACCCAGCCACCUCGCCGCCUUUGCGCAGACGGCGCAGCGGGAGGCGCGCGACCCCAUGCCCUGCCUCAACAACUGCACGCGCCGGGGGACGUGUGCGCUGGGCGCCUGCGUGUGCGCCAGGGGCCAUUUCGGCUCCGACUGCUCCCUCUCUCUCGGCCCCGACGGCGCCACACCCGUGCUGCUAGCGGAGCAGGCGCUGCUGGCAGGACAGGAGGGUGAAGCUGCCAGCAGCAGCACGCCGUAUAAGCCCCGGGAGAAGCGGCCGCGGAUCUAUGUGUACGACGUACCCCACAAAUACUCCUCAUGGUACAACCCGAUGAAGAUUGACCGCGGGCUUCAUUGGGCGUUUUGGGAGCGGCUGCUGGGCAGUGGGGUGAUGGUGGCGAAUGGGGAGGAGGCGGACUGGUACUGGAUCCCCGCCAAGCUGCGCUCCACCUCGGACGGCUACCGGCUGCUGGAGACCAUAGAGUACGUACGACAGCACUGGCCCUGGUACGACAGGCUGCAGGGCCACCGCCACUUCGUGUUCCACACGGGGGACACGGGGCGCGGGGAGGUCACGGGUCUUGUCCGCGACGCCACCGCCAACCUCACCUGGUUGCACCACUGGGGCCUCACGCGGGAGUACAAGCCGUCCGGGUGGAAGGCGGCGCACAGGCCGGGAAAGGAUGUCGUGGUUCCCAUCUACUUCGGCUCGCGGCAGGGCCACAGUGUGGCGGCGCUGUCGGGGCUGCACCCGCGGGCGCCCCGACUGCCGCGCACGCAGACACUGCUGUUCGCGGGCCGCAUCUGCGGCGACCACUCCGAGCCCAGCCCCACACGUCCCUGGCCGCACUGCGCGACCAACCGCAGCUCGGGGUACUCGCAGGGGGCGAGACAGCUGGUCCACUACCACCACCACAACCGCACGGGUUACAAGAUCGUGACCCACAACUCCGACUACGCACCCGACCUGCUCAACUACAAGUGGUGUUUGGCGCCCUCGGGGGGCGGUCAUGGACACCGGCAGGUGCUUGUAUCCCUGAUGGGCUGCCUGCCGCUCAUUGUCAGCGACGACGUGAUGCAGCCCUUCGAGCCGGAGAUGGACUGGGCCGCCUUCAGCCUGCGGGUGGCGCAGGCGGACGUGCCGUCGCUGCACCUGACGCUGCAGGCGGAGAGCGGCGAGCAGGCGCUGCGGCGGCGGCAGGACGCACUGCGCUGCGCCGCGCAGCACAUGGUGUUCAGCAGCUCCAGUGGGGCGUUCAUGCAGGAGGACGGAAGGUGGG